AUGGUCAAGGCAUACCAAGUUUUUGCUAAUUCAGAAAAUCCCUACUUCAAUGAGUAUUUUGUGUUCGAAUUGAAAUGCACCUUGGCGGAACUGUUGCGCUUGACCAUACGCUAUGAGGUCAAACGGCAUACGACAUGUCGCCGAAAUCCCACACUGGGUGAGCUGCUGGUGGACAUGCAAAGCGUGUGGCACCAACGAAAUCGUUGUUACUUCAAGAAAUGGGGACGAUUGGAGGCAGUCGUGGAGGAACAGGAAUCCUCAAAGGGGAGAGGAGAUCUGCCAUCUAAUGACCCCAAAGGCUAUUUGCAAAUUGAUUUGGCCAUUGUCUCGCAGGCCACAAAUCCUCAGACCAUUCUGAGGCCAGGUGAGGAGGAUGAGGAUACGAUGAGCGUGACCACAAAUGUUUGGCAAAUUAAUCAGGAUUAUGAUAAUAUUGAGAGGAAUCUACUGGAUAACAUGGCAGCGGAUGUGCAGUGCAAUAUUCUUUAUAGUGUCAGAUUUUAUAGGGGAGUUAUGGCCAAGAAGUCGGAUUAUUUGAUACAAUUCAGAUUCCAUCCCUUUAGAGGUAAAUCGGCAAUCGUCAAAAAUUCCCAAUUCCCGGUGUGGAAUCAGGAAAUCCAUUUCUCUUGGAUAUAUCCCUCGCUGGCCCAAACUCUCUUCCUACAGCUAAUGGCCCACGAACAGCUGCAAUGGAAAUGCGUGGCCGAACAGGAAAUACAUUUUCAGGAUAUAGCAUUUAAAGAUAAACCUGCCCUGGGUCCCACCUUUAUACACUUCUAUGACAGCCUGAAUUCCUCGAAAUAUAUUGGCCGUGUUUUGAUGGAAAUUCGUUCGGAAUGUUUGCAAACACCCCCACCACCUGGCGGAAUUUAA